UAUACACCAUAUAUCCAAUACAUACUAUUCAUAUUCCAAUAUCAAUAUCAAUACUAAUAUCAAUCAAAGUUCAUAAGUUAGAUUCAUUAGAUGAAAUCCGAAAUGUCGAACGAGGUCGUAUUCUUCGAUUUAGAAACAAAUGUUCCAAAAAAUCCUACACAAAAAUUCUGGAUCCUGGAGUUUGGGGCGAUGGUGGUGUGUCCGCGAAAGCUAGUCGAGCUCGAGAGCUAUUGCACGUUGAUCAGGCCGGGUGACUUAUCUGCGGUCGGGGUGAAUCCCGCAAGGUGUCAUGGGAUAUCUAGAGGGACGGUUUUAGAAGCACCUUCUUUUGAAGAAGUUGCUGAUAAAAUAUUCAAGAUUUUGGAUGGUAGGAUAUGGGCUGGACAUAAUAUUCGACGGUUCGAUUGUGUUAGGAUUCGAGAAGCGUUUAAGGAGAUAGGGCGGGUUGCGCCUGAGCCUGUUGCGUUGAUUGAUUCUUUACCGGUUUUGUCGGAUAAAUUUGGGAGACGAGCUGGUGACAUGAAGAUGGCCUCGUUGGCUAACUAUUUUGGCCUUGGUGAACAAAAACACAGGAGUCUUGAUGAUGUUCGGAUGAAUCUUGAAGUUGUCAAGCAUUGCGCGACGGUGUUGUUUCUGGAGUCCGCGAUUCCUAGCGUUCUUAAGGAUCAAUGGAAGCAAGAUAUAUCACCUAGCAUCACAACCAGAAGUAGAGGCAAUGUAAUGGAACCGAGCAUAUCAAGCACAAUGAACCAAAAAUUGCAUCAAGAGGCACCACCGAGCAUAUCAAGCACAAUGAACAAAAAAUUGCAUCAAGAGGCACCACCGAUAUCGAUGAUGACAACAAGAAGUAGGAGCAAACCAAACAACGAAGAAACAAGCCGUAAAUCACCUUCGGUACUCAACCGUCGUCGAGUUGUCCCCUAUCCAACCGGAAACCUUGGACAGAUGACGGAAAAGGUGAAAAACAUGUUGCGAGAUGCACGAAACACGCCAUUGAAUAAUCUUCUCAGGCAUUCUCAUACGUUGCUCAGAUGAAACGAAUUCAAGAUUGGUUGAGUUCAAGCUUUGAAUUGGAUUUUGUUUGAGCUUCAACAAUGGAAUUGAUUCAUUAUAGAAUUCUUUGAUUUUUUUAUUCUACAUAUAAAUUAACUAUUUAAUGAUUUAAUCUAUGUAAUAAUACCUGUCAAUUAUUUGUAAUAUAAACGAAAUUUAAGAUUCUUUUGUUGCUUAAUCUUUUGAAAACGUUUCAUUUGAUGUGUA